AAUGAACAAUCCAUUUCAAAGUCCAAUAGGGAAUCCUAAUGAUCCAAAUAAUCAAUUAUUAUUAAUGUCUUUAGCUUAAGUAGAUUCACAAAAUAUGUUCUUCUUUUUGAUGCAAAAUACUGAUUUUGUUGAAAAAUAAGAUGAAGUAUUUGAUUGAUUAUUAUUAAUUCAGAAUUAAUUCAAAAAGACAGCUAUAGGAUUUGUUAGAAAUACAUUGGGUAUAUUUUUUUUAGGCACAGUGCUUAAUUUGUAAAUGAAAAGAAUUCCUAAAGUAACAUCUAAUAAUAUUUCUAAAGUUUUUGAAUUGGCCUAUUUAUGUUAAAAUUCCAUUAAGAAUACCUGUCUUUUUUAGCCCAUUUUUCUUAUUUUAAUAAUCGUUAACAAAUUAACUUGAUAAUUUAACAUAAUUGCAUCAUAAAUAUUACACAAGAAUAUUAAGAGUUAAAAAAACUGGUGAUUUAAGAUACUUUGAUCCAUAAGGUAUAUUACAAAAAUAAUUUGAAUAAAAAAUGAAAGAAUUAAUGAAAUGA